AUGAUGCAAUUCCCAUUUGUGGUUUUGCUGACCUUUCUCAGCUACACUCUGGCUGAUAAGGAGGAGCUAUGUGACUCAGAGAUUGAAGCAUGGAAAUCCCAAAUCGAUAUAUUGGAAGCUGAUAUUGAAGAGCACGAAGAGAAAUUACAAAUUUUAACAUCCGAAAUGAAUAUCCAAUUAAAGUCAAUAGAUUUUAGUUUAGUUGCCAAUAAUUCCGCGGAAAUAGAGCAUCAAUUGCAACUAGAAGAAAAGGAAAACUAUUUCAAGAGUUUUUUAAACUGUGAUUCGCGGCAAAUAUCUCAUAACUGGCUACAUUAUUUAAGAUUCAAGGGUACCUAUGAGUUCAAGUUACCCGAUUGGACAAUAUUCUCUGCAUUCUACGACUCGGAUUGGACAGUUAUACAGAGGCGAACGUGCCAACACUUAAAUACGGGUUCCGGUCAUCCGGAUAGUGAGUUUUUCAUAGGCUUGGAUAAGUUUUAUGCCAUGAUUGCGUCGCAACCUCACGAACUGCUUAUAUAUUUUCAAUACUAUCACAAUCAUAUCGGCUAUGCAUAUUAUAAAAACUUUUCAAUUGGAAACGAGCAGGAGGACUACAAGCUAAUUUCAUUGGGUCAAUACUCGGGCAAUCUCCUAACCUAUCUGGAAAAAUGUGUGGGAUUACGGUCUGGCAACUCCGCAACUGGGCAACCGGGCAACUGGGCAACUGGCGACUCGAGAGUCGAGACGCCUCUUGAUGAUGUGGAUAACGCGCCUACGAGCAUAGGUGUCGCCAAGGCGAUUAGGCAGCAGCAGCAGCAGCAGCAACAACAAUGA